AUGCCUCAUCAAAAAGUCUACUUCGUUACUGGUGCAAACCGUGGUCUUGGGUUAGCAUUUGUAACUCAACUAUCUGCCGACUCAUCCAAUAUCGUAUACGGAACCGCGCGUGAUCUCGCUUCGGCUGAUGCUUUGAAGAAGUUGGCUGCAUCGCACCCCAAUUUCACGCCACUGGAGGCCGACGUUGUCAAGCCAGAAACAAUCAAGAGCGCUGCAGAUGUGGUAGCCAAGGAACAUGGCUACGUGGAUGUGUUGAUCGCAAAUGCGGGUAUAGCAGAAACCUUCACUCCCAUCAAGGACAUUAGUCUUGACGAACUGUCUCGCCAUUGGGAAGUGAAUGCAAAGGGUGCCGUGAUCACUUAUCAGGCCAUCCGCCCACUGGUUGUGAAGUCCCAGGAGAAGAAGAUUAUUUUUAUCUCUUCAGCGGCAGGUUCUGUUACGGGAUUUUUUUAUCUCCCAAAUGCAGGAUAUGGCUCGUCAAAGGCAGCUCUUAACUACAUUAUCAGAAGUAUCUCAGGAGAAUCUAAGGACGAAGGUGUGAAGGUGCUCGCUUUGCACCCAGGUUUGGUAGCCACCGAUAUGGGAAAGAGAGGCAUUGCUGCGGUUGAUAUUAGUUCGAUGAAUAUCACAGUAUUUACCCCAGAAGAGAGCGCUAAGGCUAUGAUUGAACAGAUUGAGAAGUUUGACGAAACUGAUAAGUUUUUGAACCUUGAUGGCACCACCGCGUUAUGGUAG